AUGACGUUCGCGUGCCACCGGUUCCUCCGCCUCCUCCUGCGCGCUACCCGCGCCCUGUCUCGCGUGAACAUGCCGACACCAACCACGCCGAGCUCGCGCCGGAUGUGCGUGUUUGUCGACGCGCCAAUUGCCGUAAUUCAUGUGCAGAUGCAUGUCGCACGGGUUUUUGCCCUUCUCAUUGCUCCAGCCGACGUUGUCCAUGUAAUGUCAGCUUGGCAGAUGCCCCUGCUGCGGCCGCUGUGCAGUCGCCCCGCUCCUGUCGACGGCCGGGUUGUCAGGGUGUUGUUGCCACUUCCUGUCGAACAGGCUUCUGUGCUGCCCACUGCUUCAGCCCGCGUUGUUCUUGCACACAAGGGCCCCCGCGCCAUUGCGGCACGUCGGUGCCCACGGCUCCACCAACCCAAGCGUGCCGCCGUCAUGAUUGCGACUCUGAAGUUGGACCCAAUUGUACUUCAGGCUACUGUGCGUUCCAUUGUUAUAGCCGAAGCUGCGCAUGCAGGACACGGCUGCACUCUGUCCCUGCGCAACCUCCUGAUCGUAACGCACCGCCGCGUCGACGCGUGUGUAGCCAUGACAACUGUUGGGUGUUGGUCCAGUCGAACUGCCGAACAGGAUUUUGUCCGCAGCACUGUGCUCGGUAUGCUAGCACAAGUUGCCCUUGUCGCGAUGCCCCUCUCACACGUCGUUGCCGGCGUCAUGGCUGUGCCGGGCUUGUUGCGGACGCUUGUCGGACCGGCUACUGUGAAGCACACUGUGUCAGUCCUAGGUGCUGCGGUCAGUCGAACAGUCGUUCUGGGCACCCGUGGACCUCCUCCGUUAUCGAGGAAGAUGUGUCGGGAAACGGGGGCGGCCCUCGUCGUAUUCGUCAACACCGCGGGGGCCGCACUAUCUGAGUUUGGCGCUUUUGAAUUGCAACCGACUGUGGUUGCCGAGCGGAAACGCGUGCCCCUGCCGGAGCAGCUUUACCAGUUGAUCAGCCAUACGUGUAUGAUGGGCCUCAAGGUGUUCAUGGCUGUGAGGCUGGUUUCCUUGUCAAUGGGGCGUCAUCCUCGGCGCCAGUUUCGCUCCACGCUGCCUCAUCACGUUUGA